GUAUGAUAAAUCGUAAACAACAUGCGAUGGGUAUUCGUAAUUACACUAAUUUUAUGUGGUUCAUAUGCAAGUGAGGUGUCACAAAUCUUUGACUUUUGGACGAAUUUAUUCCGACCUCUACCUCGAAAUCCCAAAGAAGGUUUCGUACCGGAUUACACUCCCAAAUACUUGGAACAAUUCGAUUUUAUUAUAAUCGGCGCGGGCUCGGCAGGCUGUGUGCUGGCAAACAGACUGACGGAAGAGCACGAUUGGAAAGUUUUACUCCUAGAGGCCGGAGGCAAUGAAAACUUUUUUUCAGAUGUCCCAAUAUUUGCUCCUUUCCUUUCCCUUACGCCUUUGAAUUGGGGAUAUAAUUCGGAGCCGGAACAAAAGGCUUGCAGAGAUCUCAGAGGGAACGUUUGUUUUAUGCCUCGGGGAAAAGUCCUCGGUGGCAGUAGCGUAUUAAACUUUUUAAUAUAUCAAAGGGGACACCCAGAGGAUUACAAUGACUGGGCCCGCAUGGGCAACGAAGGGUGGAGUUAUUCAGAAAUCCUUCCUUAUUUUAAAAAAUCAGAAAAUAUACAAAUUAAUGAAUUAAAAAAUUCAUCCUAUCAUGGUAGAGGCGGUUAUUUAGAUAUUGAUUACGCUAGUUAUUCAUCUCCAUUACAAACCGCUUUUAAAGACGCCGGCGAGGAACUCGGCUUCGAAUGGAACGAUCCGAACGGAGAAAAUGUCAUAGGAUUUUCCAAACCUCAAGCGACCAUAAGAAAAGGAAGAAGAUGUAGCACCUCGAAGGCAUUUUUAGAACCAGUUCGGUUCAGACGAAAUUUAAAAGUUUCCAAGUAUUCAACGGUCCUGAAAAUAUUGAUUGACCCCUACACCAAGAAAGCAUACGGCGUUGACUUUUUCAAAGGUAACAAAAGACGACGGGUGAUAGCUCGGCGCGAGGUUAUCCUAUCAGCUGGUACAAUCGGUUCUGCACAAAUACUCAUGUUAUCUGGUGUAGGACCGACAGACCACCUUUCUGAAAUGGGCAUCAAGACGUUAGCGGACCUACCAGUAGGCUACAAUUUGCAAGAUCACGUCACUUUCUCAGGAAAUGCCUUUAUUGUUAAUGAUUCAAAGCUCUGUGUAAAUGACCUAACAGCUGCGUCUCCACUAGCAGCCGCUGCUUACUUAGCUGGUAGAGGACCUUUGACGAUACCAGGUGGCGCCACAGGGCUAGCGUUUGCUCGCACCUCGUACGCCGCAGAUCUGUCUGAAGGACGGCCCGAUAUGGAACUAGUGAUGGGCGCUGGAUCACUCGCUGGAGACCUCUUAGGCAUUUUACGAUCUUUGCUAGGUGUAACUGACAAAUGGUAUUGGAAAGUGUACGGUUCCCUGCCGCCGGAAGUCCGACAGCGUACAUUUUCAAUGAACCCUGUACUGAUCAGACCGCGCAGUGUAGGCCGGCUAAUGCUGCGUAGUGCUAACUACUCCGAUCAUCCCAGAAUACAUCCCAACUACUUCCACCAUCCCGAUGAUCUACGUGCAUUGAGGGAAGGUCUACGACUAGUAGAAAAAGUAAUAAGCACUAAAGCUUUUCAACGCUUCGCAACAAGAAUUCAUAACGUGCCGUUUCCCGGAUGCGAACAUUACAAAUUCGAUUCAGAUGAUUACUGGGAAUGCGCUAUUAUGCAAACCUCCAUCACUCUUGACCAUCAAGUUGGCACAUGCAAAAUGGGGCCAGCGGGAGAUCGCACUGCAGUGGUCUCGCCACGACUACUGGUCCAUGGUGUACAAGGUCUACGGAUAGCAGAUGCUUCUAUCAUACCACGAAUACCAGCGUCGCAUACAUUAGCACCAGUUGUUAUGAUUGCGGAGAAAGCCGCGGACUUAAUCAAAGAAGAUUGGGCACGAUACCCUUUUUCAUAG